CUUGCCAGGGAUUAAAAUUUUACCUCGCUCCAGGUGUUGGUCGGAAUUUUGACUUCCAAAAAUUUAAGAUGAUUUUCGAGUUCCGACUUUCGAGCCAUUUUCGAUUUCCAACAGUUUUUAUUUUCGACACCUUCGAAAUUUCCGACCGACCCCUGCCUCGCUCUUACUUUAUAUUAUUCUAUACCUUAUUGCCGUUAAUAUUUUGCUUAUUCGUAGUUUUGAUUGUACCAAUCUUUGCGAUAAUCAUCUAA